UGUACUUCUCAAGCUCAAAAAACAAAGAGAAAGAAAACACCUCAAAGUUUUCACUAAACUUUGUAAACUAACAAAAAUUUCAACCAAAAACAGAAAAAAUGAGAACAGUAAUUGGCUUAUCAAAUUUGGAACAAUCAAAAUCAACCAUAAAAGCUACAUUUUCACCGCCGGCGAUGGCACAGAGAUCGCCAUGGCAUUCUCCGGUACCGUAUCUGUUCGGUGGUCUAGCAGCUAUGUUAGGAUUAAUAGCUGUCGCUCUUCUAAUUUUAGCUUGUUCUUAUUGGAAACUCUCCGAUCAUUUAAGAGAAAACGGCGAAAUUGAUCACGAUUCGGGAGUAGAUCCUGAAUCCGGCGACGGAGAGAAACCGGCGAUCGGAAAUCUGAAGGCGAUGCCGGUGUUUGAAGAGAAAAUUGUUGUGAUAAUGGCUGGAGAUUUAAGGCCGAGUUUUUUGGCUACACCUUUGAUGAGUAAAAACUCUGUUUUGGGAGAUGAAAGUGAUUUGAAUAAAUUCGAGAAGAAAUUGGAAAAGGAAACUGAAGAAUUAGGCGAUGAAAAGGAGAAAGAAGAAGUUGUGAUUGAAGUUACAGAAAUGAACCAUGGAGAAUCGCAAAACAUCAAUGGACAAAAUCAGUAAAAGAAAUUCUUCUGUUACUCUGUUUUUUUUUAAAAACAAAUUUCGUGCAACGAGCUCGAUUGAAAAAUGCAUGCACAUAAUGUGGAACUCGAAUAUUUCCUAUUUGGAAAAUCUUCUGCUUGAUCAACUCGACUAUAAUUUUCAGUUUUGAGUUGACGGAAAUUUGUAAAUUGUUGGUUGAGAUGAGAUGAAUGUAAAAUAUAUUUUUCUUAUGCUAUAGAGUUUAAUUUUAAACAUUGAUAGACGUAUUUUUUAGUUUC